AUAUUUUCUUUCAUAUUUCACCAAAGAAAAUAAGUCAUACGGGUUUGGAACACCAUGUAUGAGCGAAUUCUAACAGAAUUUUCAUUUUUGUGUCAGCUGUUCCUUUAAGUUUUACCUUUUGCACACCUUUUGAUUUAGGAGUAGAGUACAGCUCAGUAUAUAAAAUGUGUGCAUAUUCACGGGUUUUUAUUGUGCGUGUGUGAGAAAGAGAGUUUGCAAGUGUGCUCGCAUGUGUGUUCACAUCAGUUGGCUCACCUGGGAAAGCAAAUGAUAGGUUACAUAAUCAGGGCAAAUAAAAUCACAUCAGAUCCUCUCAACCAAACACACACAUAUACUGUGUGCGUCUGCAUCUCCCUCCUUCCCUUCCCUUCUCCUGGCUUAUGUGUUUGUAUCUUGGCAGCUAUGUGACAGGUCCAAAAGCAGAUUCAUUUAUGUCCUUGUGAAAACAAAUUUUGUAAGUGUUUACUGCAAUGCCUCUAUUGUGGAAAAAUGCAAUUGGGACUGGUGCCACCAGAGGGCACACUCUGACUCCUUUUUAUUUCACGUCAAUGUAACCUUAACCCCUGAAGCUUUAAAAGCCCCGUCUAGACCUUUUAUGAAAGCAAUCACGCAGGCCCUUAACUCCGGAUUCUCUGAGCUGGAUGCUAAUCGAAUUUAUGGGUAAAUCAGGAGGAAAACACCGUGGUCGAGGCUGCCGAAAGCUCCAGCGAGGUGCAGAACGGCCACGCGGAGGCCAGUCCGAACCCCAGCACUGACUGCCUGUGUCUGGGCCAGCCCACGCAGAACCGGGACCAGAUGAGGGCCAAUGUCAUCAAUGAGAUUAUGAGCACAGAAAGACAUUACAUCAAACACCUGAAGGACAUUUGUGAGGGGUAUCUCCGUCAGUGUAAAAAGAGGAGAGACAUGUUUAACGACGAUCAGCUGAAAGUGAUCUUUGGAAAUAUCGAAGACAUUUACAGAUUCCAGUUGAGCUUUGUCAGAGACCUGGAGAAACAGUUUAACACGGAAGAACCUCACCUGAGCGAGAUUGGACCUUGCUUUUUGGAACACCAAGAUGGAUUCUGGAUCUACUCGGAAUACUGUAACAACCACGUUGACGCCUGCAUGGAGCUCACACGUCUCAUGCGAGACGCACGAUACCAGCACUUCUUCGAAGCUUGCCGAUUGGUUCAGCAGAUGAUCGACAUCGCCAUUGACGGCUACCUGCUCACACCGGUCCAGAAAAUCUGCAAAUACCCUCUACAGCUGGCAGAGUUACUGAAAUACACAGUACAAGAACACAGUGAUUAUCGGUACGUAGCUGCAGCGCUAGCUGUAAUGAGAAAUGUCACUCAGCAAAUCAACGAACGCAAACGAAGGCUUGAGAACAUUGACAAAAUUGCCCAAUGGCAAGCUUCUGUACUGGAUUGGGAGGGUGAGGAUAUUCUGGACAGGAGCUCAGAGCUUGUGUACACUGGGGAGAUGUCCUGGAUAUAUCAACCAUACGGGCGCAGCCAAACCAGAAUCUUCUUCCUAUUCGAUCAUCAGAUGGUCCUCUGCAAGAAGGAUCUCAUUCGCCGUGAUAUUCUCUACUAUAAGGGUCGGAUUGACAUGGAUCGAUACGAGGUCAUUGAUGCAAUCGAUGGCAGAGAUGAUGAUUUUAACGUUAGUGUGAAGAACGCCUUCAAACUGGCCAACAGAGACACGGACGAGAUCCAUCUGUUCCUGCCCAAAAAGCUGGAGGAGAAAAUCCGUUGGCUUCGGGCGUUUCAAGAGGAAAGAAAGAUGGUUCAGGAAGAUGAGAAGAUUGGGUUUGAAAUCUCUCAGUAUCAGAAGAGACAAGCUGCCUUGACCGUUAGGAGAGUCACCAAACAGAAAGGUGUGGGCCGGUCGGGCCCCCCAGCGUAUCCACCUCCACUGGACCCCAUGAACCCCGGGCAGUACCUCCUCCCUGACGGAUACGGGCAGGCGGACGGAUACGAAUAUGAGCCCAAACGCAGCACAUCACCCUUCUGGCAGAACUUCAGUCGGUUAGCUCCCUUUAAAAAAUAGAACACACAACCACCGGGGGUUGGAUACACCAGCCUCUGUAUACUUGGAAAAGCACUAUUCUACUUAAGAUACAUCAGCGGGACUUGAGGAGGACCGACACACACACACAAACUACAGGAGAGAGGACGGACCUCGCUUUACUGGGGUUUACCAGGCGCAUUUCUUUUACUGGGGUUACGGGGACACCUCGCUGGGCUGGCUGCACUGAAUACUGUACACGACAUGUUGUAAUUCACAGAAGAAGAAAAAUCACGCGAACGCACACACAAAACAUACAUUUUAUCCCUCAGCACUCUCUCUGUAGAGAGGUUUUAAAUUAUGAAAUAUAGUUUCUUCUUCUCUAUACGAAUUGACGGAAAACAAAUUUUCUCCGUUUGAAGCACUAAACCAACGUAAUGACUCUUGCUCUCUAGCGCCGCCCUGGUGUUCCUCCGUGCACUGUGACUAUUCGGGGCAUUCUCUCUCACCCAAUCUCUCUUUUUCUCUCUCAAUCUCAUACUCCACAUUAUCACGUGUUUUUCCAACAGUUUCAAGUCUGGUCAAAGCUGAAGAUUUUUGUUUUCCUGGACAACUUCUCCUUGAAUGGAACCUGCUGCACUCUUUAGUUUGUUUUGCAUGUGAUUCAGUUCAUUGCAGGUAUUUUUAUUUGUGUGACUCUAUUCGUACGGGUCUCAAAGAACAGUGGAUCACGAUCUGCAAAUUUAUCACACCAGUUGCUUACGCCGAUCACGGUAUAAUGGAAAUACGGAUACUGGAACAACUUUGACAUUCAGAGAAACCUACAGUCAAUCAAGAUAAAAGUCAUUUUGGUUUGCUGGAGCUUUUAGGCACCCUGAUAAAAAUAAAGACCAGAGAAACCUGAAGAAGGAACUGUUUGUGCUCUGAACAUUGGACCUCUGUAGCGUGUUUACGUCAGAGCCUUGUUUAUCCUGAGGUCUCGGUCUCGGCUUCACCAUUGUUUCCUCUCUCCCGUCAUAAGUGCAAUCUGACAGAAGACCGGAAAACCUAAAAAAAAAAAAAAAAAAAAAGUAAUAAUGCCACCUCUGAGCCCUGUCUUGAUUUUAUGGGGAAUGAUACCCGGACCAGGACAACUUUAAACCUGCUGAUCAACCUCGUAAUGACGUGCCAAUUCAUCUCUAACAUGCCAAAAUAGUCUGGUUGCCAAAUUUUCCUCUUACAGGUGCAUUGGCAUGUGCGAAUGCCAACCCCAUGAGCUGGUACCCCGCCAUGUGACUUCUCAGGCGAAAAUUAAGUCAGUGAAAUUUGGUUAUCGCUGCUAGGAUUAGCAUGACAUAGAGUUUCAGUUUUUAAUUUUUUCUCUUUUUUUUUGGGGUUGUUUUUGGUUCUCUCUCUCUCUAUAUAUACAGUAUAUAUAUUUAUAUUUAUUUUUUUCCCAAAUUAAAGGGACUUGUGCAAAAUUUAAUUUAUGGUAUAUUCGCGUUUUGUCUGAUAACUUUCAAAGGAUAGUAUUUAGUCCAAUCACAAUAUUUAAAGUAUUGCUAUAAAACAUUAUUUAUUCUAUUAUAGUGUGAUUUUCUUUUUUUUCCAUCUUGAUCCUCUUUCUAUAUUUUAGAGCUUCUGCUGGAGUGUUAAAGACCCUUUUAGGGCAUUAAAAAAUGUAAGAGGACAGUAUGGAAGAAAUAUGUCACACAUGUGUACUAAGUGCCACAUGAAACUAUUAUUAUGUUACAAAGGAAAAUAUCAGUUUAAUAUUUUUGAUUCGGUGAUCUGAUUGAAAUAACAUUAUAUCAUUAUUUCAUAAUAAACUUCAUUAUGGAGAAAACAGAGUUGAAAUUAGUAUGUUUCCUCUGGUCUCAUUGUAUUAUUCAUUUUAUCAUCUGUUUGCUAAACGCAGUGAUUUUGGUUUCAUUUUGAAUGUUUUUAGAAGGUAAUUCAAAUGAACUACAACAUAAAUGGGUAAAUAGCUUAUUGAAUUCCCAAAGAUGAAUUCAAAUAUAUAACAGAUGUACACUACCAUUUAAAAGUGUGAAAGUAAAGACAUUUACUAGACAUUUUUAUAUACAAUUUUCCAUAAACAACUAUUUUCAACAUUGAUAAUAAUAAUAAUAAUAAUAAUAAUGUGUUUCUUUAGCACCAAAUCGGCACAAUAGAAUGAAUUUUGAAGGAUCAUGUGACACUGAAGAGUGGAGUAAUGGAUGCUGAAAAAUCAGCUUUAACAUUACAGGAAUAGAUUACAUUUUAAAAUAUAUCCAAAU